AUGUCACUCGGCGGACAACAGCUCCUCGAGUACUUGGAGAAGCUGCCAGGUACAGCUUUUAGGAGACUGUACCAGUCACCUGCGACAGCUUUGGCCAUCUUCCGCCGUAUGCUGUCUUAUCAUGAGGGCGGCGGAAAGAUACAUUGCGAUCGCACCAUUGCCGCUCUCCGAUCCCUCCACAUCCUCCAGGUCUCACCACCAAGCAAGGACCGAACCCAAGAAAUCCAAAUCACGGCGAGCUUCAAGAAAGGCCUACAACUGGCCUUCGAAGGCGGCGGCGAAGAUGGCAGCUUUGGCGUCCCUAGUUCUCUCCCCGUCGAUCCCUCCAUUGACAUCGCCUACCUCGAUAAGUACGCUCGGAAGAAGUGGGACGACAUCCUCCACUACGUUGUCAACAGUCUUGGGGUCCACGGCAGCUCAGAAGGGGUCAGCGGACCCAAGGCCAGUGUGAAGGAACUGCUCUUGGCCGGACGCCUCGUCGAACGACGCCCCGACACCCGUACAGGAAUCGGAAUUACGCAAGCCGGUUUCACCUUCCUCCUCCAGGAGUCCAACGCCCAAGUAUGGACGCUCCUCCUCCUCUGGCUCGAAGCAGCCGACCACACGGCCGACUCGGGCAUGGACAGCAUUGACAUGCUCUCCUUCCUCUUCAUGCUCAGCUCGCUUGAGCUCGGAACUGCCUAUGACACAUCAGCCCUGACCGAGACGCGGCGGAAUAUGCUUCCCUCGCUCGUCGACUUCGGGCUCAUCUACUUCCCGCGCGACACGCGCCAGUUUUUUCCCACCCGCCUGGCCACCACACUGACCAGCACCGCCUCGGCCCUGCGCACCGUCUCCUCGGCUUUCACCGCCGCGACCGCCAACCCCUCGGGCGAGCCCGGCACCACGACCAGCACCAGCGGCGGCCCCGCCGCCACCCCCGACAAAACACAGACAGCAGCCAAGGGCAUCAUCAUCGAGACCAACUAUCGUAUCUACGCCUACACCACCUCCCCGCUACAAAUCGCCGUCCUAGCUCUCUUCUGCCAGCUCAACAUGCGUUUCCCCAACAUGGUUUCGGGCCGCCUAACCCGCGACUCCAUCCGCCAAGCGAUUGGCUUCGGCAUCACCGCCGACCAAAUCAUCUCCUACCUACACGCGCAUGCUCAUCAACAAAUGGUGCGCGAAGCCACGGUCACGGGUAAACCGGUGCUUCCCCCGACGGUGGUGGACCAGAUUCGACUUUGGCAGCUGGAGAACGAAAGGAUGCAAACCACGGCGGGUUUCUUGUUCAAGGACUUUGAGAGCACGGAGGAGUACGCGGCGCUGAGCAGGUAUGCGGAGGAGAUUGGCGUACUGGUGUGGAAGAACGAUAAGAGGCAGCUCUUCUUUGCCAGCAAGCAUGAACAGUUGAGGGAUUAUCUGAAGAGUCGGAAGAAGGGGGAGUAAGGGGCGGGUUUGUAAGGGAGGGUAGGGUGGUUUGAGUUCGGGGGUGGUU